AUGGCAGCUCAGGACGAAAUGAUGAUGGAUGAUGAUGCAUCAUCUUUAUCCUCGUCAAUAUCAACUGAAUGUUCGUCAUCAUCAUCAUCAUCAUCCUCAUCAUUAAUUGAAUAUUCAUCAUCAUUAUCGACUGAUUUAUUGAAACCUACGGUUAAUAAAACAGUGUCAAAUAAACGAAGACUAAUGUUGGAUAUUGAAGGUUACAAUUUCCAGCUGAAAAAUGUUAGUAAAGACCAAACUGUGAAGUUUUGGCGGUGUGCCAAUAGAACGUGUCGUGUACUUGUACACACAACUCUUGAAAAUGAAUUUAUACGUUAUGGUGGAAAAUCAUCUAUCUAUUCUCAUUUACCAAAUCCAUCUGCAACCGAAGUACGAAAUUUACGAGAAGCUAUGCGAAAAAGGGCCGAAAACGAAAUAACAUCAUUGCAAAAAAUCGCCGAACAAGAAGUACGACAAGCAUUGUUGACAGGCGAAGCUUUAGCAGUUUUACCUCGUAUUAAUAAUUUAGGUCAUAAUCUGGUACAUCAGCGUCGUAAAGCAACUCUUCCAGUACCACAAUCAUCGUCUUUUUUCUUACCGGAAUCUUUCACAAAAGAUUUUUGUGAUAAAGAUCGUUUGUUGUUGUACGACAGUGAUGAUCUUAAAUUUCAACUAAAAGAAUCAGGACAUAUGCGAUGUGUGCCGGUAUUAUAUGCGUUGCUGCCUGAUCGAAAAGCACCAACAUGUGUUCAUCUAUUCAACGUAUUAUUUAACGAAGCAGAACGAUUACAUAAGAAAUUCGAUCCUAAAACAAUUAUGACUGACUUUGAACCUGGUCUUACAAAAGCAAUUAGUCUUGAGUUUACAGAGAACACUAUGCAAAAAGGAUGUUAA